CGAAGUAGAAGCCCACAACUUCAAAGUUUCGCGAACCCGAGAAUACAGGUCACUUCUCAUACCAAACAUACACUCCAAAACACCAUGGCAUCUUCCACGAAUGAUGGGUCAGCUUUGCCAAAGGUGACUCUCCACUGGUUGGAACAGUCCCGUUCGCAGCGCAUAGUCUGGCUGCUACAGGAAUGCAAGGGCAUCGAUCUCGAAAUCAAAAUCUACAAGCGCGUGAACAUGCUGGCGCCGCCUGAGAUGAAGAAAAUCCAUCCGCUUGGCAAGUCACCGAUUGUCACGAUUCAGGCGCCUGGUGCAGCUGAGCCGAUAGUUUUCGCUGAGACGGGUGCUAUUACCGAAUAUCUCACCGAAUACUUCGCACCGCAUCUCAUUCCAGAGCGAUUUCCCAAGGGCACCCAGCCGCGUGUCGGUGGAGAAACUCAAUCAUGGCUGCGAUACCGCCAUCUGAUGCACUACGCCGAGGGUAGCCUGAUGUCGUUGCUGGUGCUGGCGCUGGUCAUGGAUCAGAUUCGCGACAGCCCACAGCCAUUUUUCGUGAAGCCGAUCACGCGUGGGAUCACAGGCCGCAUGGACGAGAUGUUUCUUGAUCCCAACUACAAAUCUCAAUUCGGAUUCUUGAACGAGCAGCUGGCGACAAGCCCUUGCGGCGGCAAAUUCAUCACAGGCAAAAGCCUCACUGCCGUCGAUAUUCUGCUAUCGUACCCGCUGGUUUUCGGCAAGUCCAAGAUCAACCUAGCCGCGUAUCCCAAACUCGCCGAGUACAUCGACAUGCUCGAGCAGCACCCGGGCUAUCAACAAAGCGUCAAGAAAAUAGAGGAGCUGACUGGCGAGCCGUUCCAGCUGCACCUCCAGGUGAAGCAUUAGAAAUCAUUCGUAAAAUACAUAUAUCGAAAUUUCAACCCUUUCCCACAGAGAAAUGGAAGGUGGUGAUCGCGUCAAGAUAUGCUGGAUGACGAACGUUCGGUUUGUCAAGGAUGAGUGUAGUUUGUCCUUUGUGAGUAACAUUCCAUAUAGGAGAGAGUCGAAUUCGAAAACUCCCUCUCGCGCGGCGUCGCUGUUGGUUCUCUUUGGCUGCGAGAACUCGUCAAAUCAGUUGUUCACUACGCGUCGGAUCGAGACAACGUUUCAUCAUAUCACUUGACGGUUCCCCUUCAAAUCUAUCGAUCAAAUAUUGCU